AUGGCUUGGUCGAAUGAGCAACGCGCUUUUGCUGUCGAGACGUAUUUUUCUCAGAAUAAGUCUAUUGUUGCAGUGCAGCGUGCGCUGCGAACUCGUUAUCGGAUUCCCCCUCGCAACCCUGUUCCUGACCGCAAAUCCAUUUUGUUGUGGGUGGAAAACUUCCGUGCAUGUGGUAGUGUAGUGAAAAAGAGAGUUGGGGCUCGGAGAACUGUCCGAACUCCAGAAAACAUUGACCGUGUCAGAAGAUCGAUCUUGCAGUCUCCUAAGCGUUCUGCCCGCAAGCAUGCAUCCGCCCUUGCAUUGUCUAAUCGCACUGUGCGUCGUAUUCUCCACGAAGAACUCCACUUCCAUCCAUACAAGAUGGUCAUCGUUCAAGAACUCACACAACGGGACUGGCAACAACGAGUACAGGCAUGUGAAACUUUAAUUGCUGACUUGCCUCAUGAUGCACGAGUUUUGUUUAGUGACGAAGCGCACUUCCACAUUUCUGGAGUUGUUAAUAAGCAGAAUAUGCGUUAUUGGAGUGGUGCAAACCCUAGGGUAGUUCAUGAGAGGCCUCUACACAGUGAAAAAGUGACUGUUUGGUGUGUGCAAUCAGCAGUGAAGGCUUAA